AUGGCUGACAUGAAUUUUGAUGAGAUUCUUGAGGUUCCUGACACUCCUGACCAACAGCAGUCAAAAUACCAUGUUUCCAGCUCUAUUGUUGGGAGGGAUGAUACAAUGGCAGCUUCUAAUCCAUCACCAGUGCGCAAACUUAGAAUUAGAUUCAAGAACAAUUCCCUGCAUGGUUCAAGUCAAAAUAAUGCUUGUAGUGUAUUGCCUGCAGCUUCAGAUACUGAUCAUAUUUUCAAACAAGCUGAAGCAGCACAGAUUCUGGAACUGUCAAAAGACUAUAAUGCAAAAAUUUCCCUAAAGAAAUCUGUCAGGACAGGGAUAUCUGUUGACAAUGAAAAGAGGGCUGAAAAACAUGGCUUGGAUCAGAGCAGAAGCAUUUCGAACAACAUAAGUUGUAGUGUGACUGGAGGAAGGAAACCUACCUUCCAAGCUAAAGAUGGAGAGGUUGUUCAGCAAGAUGCAGGUCAUCAGAAUGCAAACUUUCUAGGCAUAGGAUCAGGUCUUCCUACUAUCCCAGUGGGAAAACCAGGAAACAGAACAUGCACUAGCACUACUGAUAAGCUGAAAGGUGUAACAGGUGCUGAUGUUUGUCCAGGAUCAAGUUCUGGGGAGAUCAAAGGGGAAGUGAUCACUAACAAGGUCAUUGCAGGACCUACAAGCCCUCUGUGUGUUGUUCCUCGAAGGCAUGUUGGCCAAAAAAGGCUGGUCCGCAAUGGAUGCCGCAACAACAAAGGAAAAGGAAUUAGCAGUGAUAUCUUGGAUAGUGAUCAAAUUGGAGAAGCUAAUUUGAGGGGGGUUGAUCUUAGUACUGCUGGAACUUAUGUAAACAAAAACAGUUCUGAUAUAAACGUGGAGCAAGGUUGGAGAACAACACACAACCACACAAGUAAAUUACCCAUUUCGUCUAUGGGUAACGCAACUAGUAGUUCCAGACGAGACUCUGGAUCUUCCAUGCGAUCUAAUCAAAACCAUGGAUCUGCUGGAGGCAAUCAUAGCUCAGUUAGUGGAGCAACCAUGAUGGUUCCUGAUAGGUUAGGGAAUAAAACAAUAAUGAUUCGUAAAGGAUGGAGAAAAGAAACCUCAACUUCUUCUCAUACCGGUGAAAGCUCUAGUGCUGUUGACGAACCUAGAGGUUCUCUUCAAUCGUCAAAAAUAUCAGCUGGCAGAAAUCAUACCAGUCAUCAGCAUAAUAUUCCUGUAAUAACCAUAGAUGACAUAUCCCCUGAAGCUAGACCGAGUUCGAGUGGAUUCACUAAUGGAACCUCUGUUGAUCCUAACAUAGAAGCACAAUUGGAGUCGGAUGAGUUAUUGGCUCGCCAACUCCAGGAGCAGCUUUACAAUGAAUCUCCUCGUUUUGCCCCAACAGAAGAGGGAGCUGCUUUAGCAAGAUAUCCUGGUGCUUUGCACAUUCAACCAAACAUUGACUUAAAUGACUAUGACGCACUGCUUGCACUGGAUGAAAAUAACCACCAGCACGCUGGUGCUUCAGAAAGCCAGAUCAAUAAUUUGCCGCAGUCAGUAGUUCAGGUACCUUCCAAACUGGUAUAA